AUGGGCCUUCCGUCGCCAUGGUUUCUUUCCUUCGCUGGGGUGCUCUGUGUGCAGGCGGACAAACCCGCCGAUCCCACUCUGCCCGGCAUGGUGGCGAAAAUCGUAGCCGGCGAUUUUGACAACAACUUCUUCGACGGCGACCUGCUCAAGGGCCCCCCAAGCAACGAGAAGGAGGAGGUUGGUGCUUGCUUGCUGGACAAGAUCGGUGCAAUUGUCAGCGAAAACGGGGUGGAGGAGUUCCUGAACGACCUACAGGUGGACGCAGCGGCGUGCUGCACCAAGGACCAGGAGGCAUGUGUCAAGGACAAUACCGAAGCCUACGCCUUGCUAACAUCAGUGGGCCAGAAGAAGGAAGAUGCGAAGACCGCCGCCGCAAAGGUCGCAGCCAUGUUCCUCAGAUCUGUGGAGAAGCGCCUCAGUGCAGACAAGGUGGUCAGCAGCCACGCUCACUUCUUUGGGAAGUGCAAGGCCGUGGAGACCUGCACGCUCGAGCUUCUGGGUUCAGUGAAGAGGGACUUGUAA